CCCCCAAAUUGUGUUUAGUUCUUUAAACAAAACAAAACAAAAAAACCAACCCAACAACAUACACACAUCUGUAAGAUGGAGAAUGAAAUUUUUACUCCACUCCUGGAACAGUUCAUGUCCAGUCCCUUGGUCACUUGGGUUAAAACAUUUGGACCUCUGGCUGCAGGAAGUGGGACCAAUCUGGAUGAAUAUGUAGCCCUGGUGGAUGGUGUAUUCUUGAAUCAGGUCAUGCUACAAAUUAAUCCUAAACUGGAGAGUCAACGAGUAAACAAAAAAGUCAACAAUGAUGCCUCUCUUAGAAUUCAAAAUUUAUCCAUUUUGGUGAGACAAAUCAAAUCUUAUUACCAGGAGACUUUGCAGCAGUUGAUCAUGAUGUCUUUGCCAAAUGUCUUAACCAUUGGCAAAAACCCCUUUUCUGAACAAGGUACGGAAGAAAUUAAAAAGCUACUGUUACUUUUACUUGGUUGUGCUGUUCAGUGUCAGAAGAAAGAAGAAUUCAUUGAACGAAUCCAAGGUUUAGAUUUUGACACAAAAGCAGCAGUUGCCGCACACAUUCAAGAGGUAACGCAUAAUCAGGAAAAUGUAUUCGAUCUGCAGUGGAUGGAGGUGACUGAUAUUUCUCAGGAGGAUCUUGAGCCACUCUUGAAAAAUAUGGCAUUACAUUUAAAAAGACUUAUAGAUGAGAGAGAUGAACAUACAGAGACCAUCAUAGAACUCUCUGAGGAACGGGAUGGUAUUCAUUUUCUACCUCAUGCCUCGUCAGCACAGUCACCUUGUGGUUCUCCAGGCAUGAAACGGACUGAAAGUAGACAACAUUUAUCAGUGGAACUGGCAGAUGCUAAGGCAAAGAUAAGAAGACUUAGGCAGGAAUUGGAAGAAAAGACGGAACAAUUGUUAGACUGUAAACAAGAGCUUGAACAGAUGGAAACAGAACUAAAGAGGCUUCAACAAGAGAAUAUGAACUUGCUUUCGGAUGCACGCUCAGCCAGAGUAUACCGAGAUGAAUUGGAUGCACUUCGAGAAAAAGCAAUCAGAGUUGACAAACUUGAAAGUGAAGUCAGCAGAUAUAAAGAGAGGCUACAUGAUAUUGAAUUUUAUAAAGCAAGAGUUGAGGAAUUAAAAGAAGACAAUCAAGUAUUAUUGGAAACAAAAAGUAUGUUAGAAGACCAACUUGAAGGAACCCGCACUCGUUCUGAUAAAUUACAUGAAUUAGAAAAAGAAAACUUACAACUGAAGGCCAAACUACAUGAUAUGGAGAUGGAACGUGAUAUGGAUAGAAAAAAGAUUGAAGAACUAAUGGAAGAAAAUAUGAGUUUGGAAAUGGCACAGAAACAAAGUAUGGAUGAGUCAUUACAUCUUGGCUGGGAAUUGGAACAGAUAUCAAGAACAAGUGAACUCUCAGAAGCACCACAAAAAUCUCUGGGCCAUGAGGUGAAUGAAUUAACAUCAAGUAGGUUAUUGAAGUUGGAAAUGGAAAAUCAGAGUUUGGUGAAGACAGUAGAAGAGCUUCGAAAUGCUGUGGAUUCUGUAGAAAGCAGUAAUUCCAAAAUUCUGAAAAUUGAAAAAGAAAACCAAAGGCUUAGUAAGAAGUUGGAAGGUCUUGAGAAUGAAAUCAUUCAAGAAAAGCAAAGUCUUCAAAAUUGUCAAAAUCUGAGCAAGGAUCUAAUGAAGGAGAAAGCACAGCUGGAAAAGACCCUUGAAACACUUCGAGAAAACUCAGAAAGACAGAUUAAAAUUUUGGAACAAGAAAAUGAGCAUUUGAAUCAAACUGUAGCAUCCCUAAGGCAGCGAUCACAAAUAAGUGCUGAAGCACGAGUGAAAGACAUUGAGAAAGAAAAUAAAAUCCUACAUGAAUCUAUUAAAGAAACAAGCAGCAAAUUAAACAAGAUUGAAUUUGAAAAGAGACAAAUGAAAAAAGAAUUGGAACACUACAAAGAAAGAGGAGAAAGAGCAGAAGAACUUGAAAAUGAGUUGCAUCAUCUUGAAAAGGAAAAUGAAUCAUUACAAAAAAAGAUAACUAAUUUAAAAAUUACUUGUGAGAAAAUUGAGACUUUAGAGCUAGAAAAUUCUGAACUGGAAGUGGAAAACAGAAAGUUGAAAAAGACAUUAGAUAGCUUUAAAAACCUUACUUUUCAGCUGGAAUCCUUGGAGAAAGAAAAUUCUCAACUAGAUGAAGAAAAUUUGGAAUUAAGGAGGACAGUGGAAUCUUUGAAAUGUGCAAGUAUGAAAAUGGCUCAACUACAGUUAGAAAAUAAAGAACUGGAAAGCGAAAAAGAGCAACUUAAGAAGGGCUUAGAGCUCAUGAAAGCUUCUUGCAAGAAAACAGAACGUCUAGAAGUUAGUUACCAGGGUUUAGAUACUGAAAACCAAAGACUGCAGAAAGCUCUAGAGAAUAGUAAUAAAAAAAUUCAGCAAUUAGAAAGUGAACUACAAGAAUUAGAAACAGAAAAUCAGACGUUGCAGAAAAAUCUUGAAGAGUUAAAAAUAUCUAGUAAACGGUUAGAACAAUUAGAAAAGGAAAACAAGUUACUAGAGCAAGAGACUUCUCAACUAGAAAAAGAUAAGAAACAACUGGAAAAGGAGAACAAGAGACUCCGACAACAAGCAGAAAUUAAAGAUAUCACAUUGGAAGAAAAUAAUAUUAAAAUUGGAAAUCUUGAAAAAGAAAACAAAAGUCUUUUCAAAGAAAUAAGUGUAUUCAAAGAAUCCUCUAUCCGUGUCAAAGAGCUAGAGAAAGAAAACAAAGAACUUGUGAAAAGAGCAACUAUAGACAAAAAAACUCUUAUUACUUUACGUGAGGAUUUGGUGAGUGAAAAAUUGAAGACUCAACAAAUGAAUAAUGAUCUAGAAAAACUUACUCAUGAACUUGAAAAGAUAGGAUUAAAUAAAGAACGUCUCUUGAGUGAUGAACAAAGUACUGAUGACAGCAGGUAUAAACUUUUGGAGUCAAAAUUAGAGUCCACACUAAAAAAAUCCCUGGAAAUAAAGGAAGAAAAAAUUGCUGCUUUGGAAGCUCGAUUAGAAGAAUCAACUAAUUUUAACCAGCAACUGCGCCAAGAACUUAAAACAGUGAAAAAGAAUUAUGAAGCUCUUAAACAAAGGCAAGAGGAAGAAAGAAUGCUGCAGAAUUCUCCUCCAAGAUCUGGUGAUGAUACUAAAUGGGAAAGAGAAAGUCAAGAGACAACUAGAGAGCUUUUGAAGGUUAAAGACAGGUUAAUUGAGGUGGAGAGGAAUAAUGCUACCCUGCAAGCAGAGAAACAAGCAUUGAAAACUCAGUUGAAGCAACUUGAGACACAGAACAAUAAUCUACAGGCCCAGAUUCUUGCACUUCAGCGGCAAACUGUUUCUUUACAAGAACAAAAUACUACCCUUCAGACUCAGAAUGCCAAACUUCAGGUGGAAAACUCUACCCUUAAUUCCCAAAAUACCUCACUCAUGAAUCAGAAUGCCCAAUUAUUAAUUCAGCAGUCUGCCUUGGAAAAUGAAAAUGAAUCUAUAAUAAAAGAAAGAGAAGAACUUAAAUCUCUCUAUGAUGCACUGGUCAAAGACCAUGAAAAAUUGGAAAAUCUUCAUGAACGCCAAGCUUCUGAGUAUGAGUCUCUCAUUGCCAAACAUGGAACACUAAAGUCUAUACACAAAAAUCUUGAAGUGGAACAUAAGGACCUUGAAGAUCGCUAUAACCAAUUACUGAAACAGAAAGGACAGUUGGAAGAAUUGGAAAAAAUGCUCAAAGUUGAGCAAGAGAAAAUGAUUCAAGAAAAUAAGAAACAUGAAACUGUAGCUGCAGAAUACAAGAUACUUCGAGGUGAAAAUGAUAGGUUGAGUCACACAUAUAAUCAACUGGUGAGAGAGACUGAAGUUUUACAAAUUGACCAUAAGAAUUUAAAGAGCCUGUUAAACAAUUCUAAAUUGGAGCAAACAAGAUUAGAAGCUGAAUUUUCAAAGCUAAAGGAACAGUACCAACAGCUGGAUAUUACAUCAACUAAACUGAAUAACCAAUGUGAGUUACUUAGCCAGCUUAAAGGAAACUUAGAAGAAGAAAACAGACAUCUACUAGAUCAAAUUCAGACAUUAAUGCUCCAAAAUAGAACACUAUUGGAACAGAAUAUGGAAAGCAAGGAUCUUUUUCAUGUUGAACAAAGACAGUACAUUGAUAAAUUAAAUGAAUUAAGACGACAAAAGGAGAAAUUAGAAGAAAAGAUUAUGGAUCAAUACAAAUUUUAUGACCCAUCGCCUCCUAGAAGGAGAGGCAACUGGAUUACUUUAAAAAUGAGGAAACUUAUAAAGUCUAAGAAAGAUGUUAAUCGGGAACGUAUGAAGUCUCUAACAUUAACACCCACUCGUUCAGAAUCCAGUGAAGGAUUUCUUCAGCUACCCCAUCAAGACAGUCAAGAUAGCUCAUCAGUGGGUUCAAAUUCUCUAGAAGAUGGGCAAACCUUGGGGACCAAGAAAAGCAGCAUGGUUGCACUGAAAAGACUGCCCUUUUUGAGGAACAGACCGAAGGAUAAAGACAAAAUGAAGGCCUGCUACCGUCGCUCCAUGUCCAUGAAUGACCUGGUGCAGUCCAUGGUCCUAGCAGGAGGACAGUGGACAGGUAGUUCUGAGAAUUUGGAGGUUCCUGAUGAUAUUUCUUCGGGUAAAAGGAGAAAAGACUUGGGAGCUAUGGCCUUCUCUACUACAGCCAUCAACUUUGCAACUGUCAACUCUUCUACAGGCUUCAGAUCCAAGCAGUUGGUUAAUAAUAAAGAUACCACAUCAUUUGAAGAUGUAAGUCCACAAGGUAUUAGUGAUGAUUCUAGUACGGGAUCAAGAGUUCAUGGAGUACUGGACAUUAACUGUGCAGACGCUCAUACUCCUCCUGUUCGUGGCAUCGCUACAAUGUGCAGGGUUCCUUGUCAGAUCUGUUCUUCUAGGCCGGCCAGCCUUGAUAGUGGUAGAACAUCCACUAGUAAUAGCAAUAAUAAUGCUUCACUCCAUGAUGUCAAAGCAGGUGCAGUUAAUAGUCAAAGCAGACCACAAAGCCACAGCAGUGGAGAAUUUAGCCUACUUCAAGAACAUGAGGCAUGGUCCAGUAGUAGCAGCAGUCCAAUCCAGUACUUGAAACGAUAUACCAGAUCAAGUCCUGUACUCCAACAUAAAAUGCCUGAAACAUUGGAUAGCCGAACACAUCACAAGAUGAAAACUGGUUCCCCUGGGAGUGAAGUAGUUACUCUACAGCAGUUUUUAGAAGAAAGCAACAAGCUUACCUCAAUACAGAUGAAGUCUUCAAGCCAAGAAAAUCUUUUAGAUGAAGUAAUGAAAAGUUUAUCUGUCUCUCCUGACUUUAUGGGAAGAGAAAAGGCAGUUAGCUGUGGUCUUGUUAGGUCAAUAAGUGGAAAAACCACAGCCGAUUUCUCUGAUGGACGGUCAGCAAAGACUGAACAGUUUGUAAGGCCUAGUCCUCAAAAGACAGAAGAUUCUUACUUCAUUAGUUCUCCAGGAAAAUCUACAUCAAGCACUCAAGGAAAGGUCAAGUUAGUAAAAGAAACCUUUAUAUUACAACGACAAUCAAAAGAUAGUAAUCCUUAUGCUACCUUACCUCGUGCAAGCAGUGUGAUCUCUACAGCUGAGGGGACCACGCGAAGGACAAGCAUUCAUGACUUUUUAUCCAAGGACAGUAGACAGCCUGUGUCAAUUGAUCCAUCACCAACUACAGCUGAUAACAUCCCAUCAACAUCUAAUGUGGACACUAUACAAGAAAGCAGGAAUUCAAAAAGCAGGUCUAGGGAGCAACAAAGCUCCUAAUUCUAUUACCCCCACUACAUGAGAUGUGGGCCAAGUGAGAGAGAAAGUGUCCUUCAGUAUCUCAAUAUGAAGCCUUUAUUUCUGAAGUAACAAGACAGCCAACUGUAGAAGUCAUUUAAAACAAACAAACAAAUUUUAAGGGAACUUUUAACAAUCCUUCGUGAGUAGAGCAGGCAAGAAAUGCAAACCUUCAUUCUUUCCUUCCUUGAAUCAAGGAGCACUACCGGAAUCAACUGCCAAAAUUUUUAGAAGGUCUUAGGACUUAUAUAGCACUUUGAACUGUUAAGAUCUACUGAAUAAAGGACAGUUCUCCUCUCCCUGAGAACCAAGUAUUUUAUUGUUUCAAGAAUUACUCCAAGAACAAUCUACUUUCAUCAUUUGUUCAUAAAUUUAGCCAUUGAUUGCUUAAUGCUUCUGCUAAUUAGCCCAAAUCUAGCCAUUUAUAUUUAGUUCUGUAAAUCUGAAUUAAUGCUCUUGUAUUUUGUGGAUUGUACUAUAUAUCCAGGUACAAAAAAAAAAGAAUUUGGCAUGUCACUGCCUCUUUUUGGUUGGCGGACUGCAUGAUGUUACUCUUUUUAAAAUCCUUCUAAUUAUUUUGGUGCAUACUACAAGAAAAAUUAAGUUUAUGAGAAGACAUGUCUGAGAACUCUAUAAUAAAAUAGGAGUUAUUAAAAAUUAGUACUGAAAUUCAUAUGCUUUCCAUGUUCACCAUUUUCAUGAUUAAGGAACACUAAGCAAACAUUUGUGGAUGUGGAUGUAAGCCAGUUAAUGAUUGAUUUUCUGGAACUUUAAAAAAUAAGGUGGCUUCCCCUCUCCCAGCUCCACACUCCUUACUCCCUCAGCAAAUGGCAUUCCCAGGAUAAAGCUGUCUUACUCUAAAUAUUUUAACUCAUUUUCUUUCUUUGAUAUUGAGGUUUUGGUUUUUGUUCUUUUUACAUGAGAGCUGACUAUUGCUUAAGAGGUUUUCUUAUGGCAAAAAAUAAUGUAAAUAAUUUCAUAUGAUCUGCAUUUUGCCAGGAACCCAUUUAAUUAUUGAGAAUCAUUUAUUAAUAAUACUUUUUUGUUCUUUGUAACCUUACAUUAAAAUUGAUAACUAUUAUUGGUACUUUUGAAAUAUUUGUAUGCAUUUGUUACCCUAAACAUUUGCAAGAAGCACAAAAGAAUAAAUUUAGUUAACCAAGGGAAAUAUGUGUGGACUUUGUAGUAAUUCCCAUUUUAUAUUAAUAUCAGUUUUAUUUUCUUAAUACAGAAAUGAAAAUGCCUAUUAAUGGGAAUUGAUUAUUCAACCUCAGUCUGCAUUUAUAGAGUUUCUUAAUAUUCAUACAAGUUUAAAAUGGGAAAUAAUUUUUUUAAUGUUAGCAGUUUACUUCUUAGGCUCUCAGUACCAGCUAUAAAAUGUUUUUGAGAUAUUUCCAUAUUUGAUGUAUUUCUGUAUGUGGUUUAUGAACUGUUUGUUUCAUUGCUAAUCUAGCAGUCAUACAAAGAGUCUUUUUUUGUUGUGUGAUUGCCACUAAUGAUAUUGUACUUACAUAUUGUUUACUCUGAGAAAACUCAGACUCCAAUAUACAGAGACAGCGUGAUGUUUUAAUUAAAAAAAAAUAGGGUAAUUUGGGUCUAUCCUUAAUGCCACUUUUACUUGGUUUUGAUUUUUCCAUUCCUUAAAUAAAUCUUAUUUGCUACCAUAUGAUGUUGUAAAGUUAAAACAACUCUGACACCCAUGGAUGAAAGGUGCUAUGUAAACAUAAAGAAUUGUUCUAACACAUGAAACUGCACAGAAGACAUGUUUCAAAUCUAUUUGUGGGCUUUCAAAACAUUGUUUUUACAUCAUUAGGUGACCAAAAUCUUUAAUGGCUUCUUAGACUAAGAGAUUAAAUGAGCAAUGGGUAGCACCCUAAUUUAAAGAAACUUACAUAUAAAAAAUAUAUAAAUUUCAUUACAAGAAAUUUGAAAAAAAAAGUAAAAAUCAUGUUAAAGUUAAAUAUAUUCAAUUAAGAGAUAGCAUCUACUUUGCAAAUAGCACAUGUCCUGGGGCAUUUCUGAAAUUUGCCAUUUUGUAACUUAGAGGUGGCCCAACGAAGGGGUCCAAGAAUCAUAGAUUGAUUUUCCUGCAAUAUUAAUAUUCUGAAAAAGGGAUCCUUCUGAGUUAUUUAAGGAGCAUAGUGCAACCUUAGAAGUGGAAAGAACUUAAGGGCAGUCCAAAUAGUGCCAUUCUUAGUAGGCUGGGAAUUUAACCUAAAAGAAGUAGCCUGGGAGGAAGCAACCAAGGGGAAACAUCAAUAUGGUCACAAUAUAGUUUUAACUUCUUUGUUCCCUCUUUAGAAAAGGAAAAGUGAAGCUUAUUGGAGAUAAGUUAGAAAAAAAUUCCCAUUUUUUCCCUAAAAUGGUUUCAAGAGGAAACCUUACUAGGUUGACACAUUUUUUGUCUCAUACAAUCUUCUUCCUCAGUCAAAUUGCAAAUCUACUCUACUAGAAUCUGAAAUAACAUUUUUUUCCCCUCUAUCCUGCUUGUUCAGUAUUGCGGUCUCACCUGAAUCAACAGCUCAGUCCCUAGAAAAAAAAUAGUUCAUAUGUAGGAUAAUAGUCUCAUUUCUGGUAGACACAGAAGAUUCUACUAGGUAGCGCUUCACUUAGAAGCAUAUGUGGAAGUUUUUGGUCCAAGUAUUUGGGUUGGUAAUUACCAAAGAGUUAAGUGAAACAGGUUUCUAUGUAGCACCUUUCAUGCCAGGACAUGGUAAAACCCUCUUUAAAAUUUACUCUGCUCAUUAUUGAAUUGCAGCCACUUCUCAUGGCCCAUACUUUGUUAGCUAAUACUUUGUUAGGAGUGAAAAAUGUGUUGCAAAAACAAACAAAAGAAAACAAACUGAAAAUACAUUGGGAAGCAUGUGUAAUAAAAUGACUUAAAUUUUAUGUUGCUUCUUAUGAAAAGAUGUUUCUUUUCUGGCUACAUUUAAUCCCAAAUUGUAUUUUUCUUUCUUUAAUCCUUCUUUGGAACUAAUAAUAAUGCAGGUUCAAAAAAGGAGCCCAUUUAUCAGAUAUAAACCUUUCUGUAUAUGUUUAGAUAGUUUGACAGUAAUGGAAAUGCCUUAAAAGGAAUGUUUAUGGGUAAAAUGGCACUUACAACAACCUUUAACAAAAAUUUAUUUAAAUUUGUCUUUUCUUUAUCAAGGGCUCUCUUUUUAAAUGUUUGCCAUUGUACUUAUAAUUGUUAUUAUUAAAUACCAAAUCAAAUAAUACAGAUUCUGUAACAUUUCAUUUAAAACACACUGUUGGGAAUUUGGGGUUGUGGUAAAUGAUUCAAUCAUUUGAUGAAACCUGAACACUAUGGAAAUCAAUCUUG